CCCGAGCUUGGAGUACCCGGAUGAGGGCGCCCUGUCGGGUCUUUGGGAAGUAGCGGCGGUUUCUGAGGUGGUGGACGCGGGCGAGAGCUGGUCGCGGAGGUGCGCCGACGCCUCCUCCUCCUCCUCCUCCGGAGCUGACCCGCCGACCUCAUCCCUACUCCGCGCCCCUCGCCCUUUCCCAGACCCCGUCCACUCCAUCUUCCUUGCUCCAGGAGCCUUCGGGGUUGUUCCUCCUUUUGGAACCGUAAGGUACUGCAGAGGCCUAGAGAGGGGAGGAAGGUGACAUCAAUUUGUGCACCUCCCAGACUAGAACCGAGAUACUGCUUGCCACCUUCACUGUGCUCAGGCCCGGUAGCACCCACGGGAUUGCCCAUCCUCCGGCAGCUCAGUGCAAAGGUGUGAACUAACUCAACUUCCUUCAGAGCCUCCCCACCAUGACCUCCAAGAAGCUAGUGAACUCGGUGGCAGGCUGUGCCGAUGACGCCCUUGCUGGCCUGGUGGCCUGCAACCCCAACCUGCAGCUCCUGCAAGGCCACCGUGUGGCCCUCCGCUCUGACCUGGACAGUCUCAAGGGCCAGGUGGCACUACUGUCGGGUGGGGGCUCUGGCCAUGAGCCCGCCCAUGCCGGUUUCGUAGGGAAGGGGAUGCUGACAGGGGUCAUUGCGGGAGCCGUGUUCACCUCCCCGGCAGUGGGCAGCAUCCUGGCGGCCAUCAGGGCAGUGGCCCAGGCAGGCACAGUGGGGACCCUCCUCAUCGUGAAGAACUACACUGGGGAUCGGCUAAACUUUGGCCUGGCCCGGGAGCAGGCCCGGGCGGAGGGCAUCCCUGUGGAGAUGGUGGUCAUCGGGGAUGACAGCGCCUUCACCGUCCUGAAGAAGGCAGGCAGGCGUGGGCUCUGUGGCACAGUGCUCAUACACAAGGUGGCGGGUGCCCUGGCUGAGGCAGGUGUGGGGCUGGAGGAGAUCACAGAUCGGGUGAGCGAGGUCGCCAAGGCCAUGGGAACCCUGGGAUUGAGCUUGUCCUCCUGCAGUGUCCCUGGUUCCAAACCCACCUUUGAGCUCUCAGCCGAUGAGGUGGAGCUGGGCCUGGGGAUCCACGGGGAGGCUGGCGUGCACCGGAUAAAGAUGGCGACCGCCAACGAGAUUGUGGAGCUCAUGCUGGACCACAUGACGAGCUCCUCCAACAUGUCCCACGUGUCUGUGCAGUCCGGCUCCUCAGUGGUGCUGAUGGUCAACAACCUGGGUGGCCUGUCAUUCCUGGAACUGGGCAUCAUAGCCGACGCCGCCGUCCGCUCUCUGGAGGGCCGAGGGGUGAAGAUUGCUCGUGCCCUGGUGGGCACCUUCAUGUCAGCCCUGGAGAUGCCUGGCAUUUCUCUCACUCUUCUGCUGGUGGAUGAGCCCCUCCUGAAACUGAUAGAUGCUGAGACCACCGCCUCGGCCUGGCCUAACGUGGCCAAGGUCUUGGUGACUGGGCGGAAGCGGUGCCGGGCUGCCCCCGCCAAGCCCCUGGAGGCCCCUGAUUCCACUGCUGCAGGAGGCGCAGCCUCGAAGCAGAUGGUGCUUGUGUUGGAGCGGGUGUGCGCCACCCUCCUGGGCCUGGAGGAACAUCUGAAUGCCCUGGACCGCGCCGCCGGCGACGGGGACUGUGGCACCACCCACAGCUGCGCUGCCAGAGCGAUUCAGGGGUGGCUGAAGGAGGGCCCACCCCCUGCCAGCCCUGCCCAGCUACUCUCCAAAUUGUCCCUCCUGCUACUGGAGAAGAUGGGAGGCUCAUCCGGGGCGCUCUAUGGCCUUUUCCUGACUGCGGCGGCCCAGCCGCUCAAGGCCAAGACUGACCUUCCAGCCUGGUCUGCUGCCAUGGAUGCCGGCCUGGAGGCCAUGCAGAAGUAUGGAAAGGCUGCCCCAGGGGACAGGACUAUGCUGGAUUCUCUGUGGGCAGCAGGACAGGAGCUCCAAGCCUGGAAGAGCCCAGGGGCUAAUCUCCAAAUCCUGACCAAGGCAGUCAAGAGUGCAGAAGCCGCAGCCGAGGCCACCAGGAACAUGGAAGCUGGAGCUGGACGAGCCAGUUACAUCAGCUCUGCGCGCCUGGAUCAGCCAGACCCCGGGGCGGUGGCGGCCGCGGCCAUUCUCCGUGCCAUCCUGGAGGUCUUGCAGAGCCAGGAUGCGUGAAUGCCUCGCUGGGCCUCAGGGCCUCACUCACUGCUAUGCCCAGCGGCCACUGUCACUUAUUUCUGCCUUAGAACUGUCGCCCUCCCGCGCACCUCUCGCCCUCGGGGCCUGUCUUCUGAGUUCAGGAGGAAUUCCUCAACCAGCCUGCAGAAUUCCUCCACUGUAGAAACUGCAGGCCCAGAGUGGGUCACUGACCUUUCCCUCUUCAGGGAAGGGGCAGUCCUAGGGUCACCCGGCUCUGCCCCCAGCCAAUUCUGAGCUUCGAUGAUAAGGCUUUUCCCUAGGUGGCAGCACAAUCUUUAACUGGCAACGCUAAUUUGGUUUUAAGACUCCCUGUGAAAGGUCUUCUGCACCUGAACUGAGUGUGAAAAAGCAAGCCAAUAAACCACAUUGAAGCAAAA